GGGAGCAAGUCGAGAGUGCCCAGCAGUACUUGGCUGAGAGUGAACGCAAGCUUCGUGAAGCCAUGGAAGCCUCCAUUGCAGCCGAAGAAGACUUCGACAAGCUCAAGGCCGCAGCCGGCAAGCAAGAGGCCCCAGCUGAACCUGCAGCCGAGAAGCCAACUCUGGCAGCCCUCCUGGAGCAGUUCGAGCAUGAGCCUGACGACUUCCGCAGGUGGUCCGAGCCCGACAAGGAGGUCUGGCGAGCAGCGAAGGCCAAGGGCGAGCGCAUGGCCCAGACGGUCAAGGAGCACGAGGAGGAGACGGCGAAGCACCUGCGACUACUGGAGGAAGAGACGGCCAGGCACCAGGAGCAGCUGCGCCAGCUCGAGCAGGUGCCACCACUGGCGCUGAGGCAGCAGGGACAGCCGCCGCGGCUGCGCCCACCGGCGCCGCAGCAGCUGCCCAACCAGAAGCAGCCGCAGCAGAACCUGACAGAGCAGAAGAACGCCGAGCCAGAGUGGAGGCCCACAUCCAGGAGGCGCGAGAGAAGGUCUCGCAGGCUAGGCGUGCCGAGACAGUCGUCGACGCAGAAGGGCAAGGUGACCGCUCAGCAGGGUAGCCGCCCCAAGGCGAGCGCGAAGAAGGCUCGCCGCCCUUGCCACAUCGACUUCUUCAACUUCACGACCUGGGGCCCCCAGGCACAGGGCUACCUCAUGGAGAUCAACGACACCAAGGACAGGGACAUCAUCGGCAUCGCAGAGCACCACCUCCGCCAGCCUGCGCAGAUAAGCAAGGCGAGAGCGGCGCUCAGGCGGAAUGGCAUGCACAGCUACUGGACCAAGACACGGCCCGGAGAAGGAGAAGGCACGCGAGGAGGCACGUGUGCCAUCGCGCGAGGAUCCUUGGACAUCCAGGACAGGAUCGCGGGUUUUGAUGAGCGCUACCUGCACGAGGACGGCAGUGACGUCACGUUGGUGAUCUCCAACCUGCACAAGGUUCGUUUCGCAGUGGCCUUCGUCUACCUUGAGUGUGGGACGGGCUUUGGAGAGCGGAACGUCGACAUCCUCUGCGACCUGCGGGGGAAGAUGACCGUCUGGGGAGGGCCCUGGGCAGCGCUUGGGGACUUCAACAUGACGCCGUCAGAGUUCAACAACAGCAUUUGGCCCAGGGUGCUGAAUGCUCAGGUAGCAGCGGCGGAGGAUGGCGCCCCCACAUGUUUCCCAGUAGAAGGUGAAGCCAGGUGCAUCGACUUCGCGCUGAUCUCGCAGGGCUUGGCGCCGUACUUCGACCAGCUGGAGCUGCUCAGGACCGUGCCGUGGAAGCCGCACAUCGGUAUCCGCUUGGAGCUGAAGGGGCGACCUCUCAUGCUCGAGGGCAGGGUGCUUCGCAGGCCAGCAGCCAUAAAGCCGCCAGUCACAGUCGAGAAAAUGCCGAAGUCCAGAGCCGCUUGCAGACGAGCGGCGCGCGGAGGCCAGGAGGCCAUGCGCCGACGUCAGCAAGCGUUGGCAGAGGCAGGAUGCGACCAGGACGAGAACGACAUGGAUCCAGUGCCGCAGCUGUGCUACGACAAGGAGGUCCAGCACGUCAUCCCCGACGAGCUGUGGCAGGCCACCUCCGAGCGGGUCAGCGUGCGCGCCUACGACGAGUUGCCCCAGCACUUGCAGCACGCAGUCGUCGGCAAGAUGAUGGAGCGGGACAUGCUGGACCUGGGGCAGCAGUACGACCGUGUCGCAGGCACCCUCGAGCUCAGCCUGUGCGAGAGCAUCGGCAUCCCAGAGGAAGAGCGUGGACGACAUCUCGGGCACAGCCGGCCCCCGAUCUACAAGAGCGUGAGCAUCAGGGACGCCGUCACCUCUACGCCAUGGGCAGGGGUCGAGAGGAAGAUCCACGCGUGGUGGGCGGAGAUCUCCUCCUUGGUGCGGCAGCUCUCGCACCGUGAUGCCCGAGCGCAGAUCGCAGAUCAGGAGAACAGCGACGGGUACCACCAGCACAUCGAGGGGCAGCAGGACAGCCUCGAGUUCGGACGCAGCGCCAUGGACAUCCAAGACCACGACCCCAUUGAGGAUGAGGAGGACUACUCGGAGUAUCGCCAGGAGACCGCAGAUCAGGAGGACUGCGACGGGUACCACCAGCACAUCGAGGGGCAGCAGGACCAAGCGCCGCCAGGGCCAGAGGAGCCACGUGAUAUGGGCCUGCCCCCACCAGACUUCUCGAAUGAUGACCAGUACCAGCGGGCGCGGGAAGACUACGUGGCCAUGAGAGACGACUUGGAGCGCUGGGCGGCCAUCUGGAUGGAUAACCUGGUGCAGCUUCCCACGGACCACAGCAACUGGAUGCAGAUCUGUGUGCCGUUCCUGGAGACCAUCUUGGGUGGUGGAGGCAACAAUGGCAUGGUGAGACUGCUCAGGCGUUGGUACCAGCAGGCCGGCCUCAGCCACAUCAUCAGGGUCCGCACCCACAGCGGCCACCAGACGCAGCAGCAUAUCAACACAAGACGGCAGCUCACACAGCAGCUCAACCAGCCUGACCCAGGCAGGCUGAACGAAGAAGGUGCAGCCAAGGACCAGCAGCAGGCCCUCCUCACAUACCUGCACUCGAUAGCAGAGGGCGCGCUCGUGGACCCAGGGACGAUCAGUAGGGUAGCAGAGGAGGUAAAGAGCAUGGCCAAGCUACUCACAAAGGCGGUGAAGAAGGCGUACAUCCACUGGGUGCACGACGCCACGGCAGGCAGUGCGAAGAUGGCCCACGCCUACACCAAGGCAGCGGAGCGCAGCCACCUGGAGGACAUCCUUGAGCACGAGGGCCAGGUCAUCAACCACCCGCAGCAGCUGGUGGACUUGCGCAAAGAGGCAUGGCAACGCAGGUGGACACGAGAUGCACAGAAGGCCGAGAGGAUCCAAGAGGCGCUGGCCAAGCUGAGGCAGGCUGCCUUGGCCCAAGAGAAUGCCCUCGAGCCCAUCAGCAAGGACAUCAUCGGCUCCAUCAUCCAGCACCUGAAGCGCAAUGCUGGCCAAGGAGCGGACUGGUGGAGGGCUCCUGAUCUCAAGGCCAUGGGCGCCCAGGGGCUGGAAGACUUCGUGCAGUGCCUGACCAGCUGUGAGCAGCGGGCAGCGUGGCCGUGGCAAUUCUACUUGGUGCUGGAGCUGCUGCUGGGCAAGAAGCCAGGAAUCGGCGGCGAGCGCCCCGUCGGCCUCAUGCCCAUGCCGUACCGCAUCUGGAGCGCAGCCAGGAGGCCCAUAGUAGCCACCUGGAGCAAGGCAGCGGCGGGCUUCUGGGACACGGCAGGCGCGGCAAACUUCUACGACAACAUAGGCCUCGACCAGCUGAUCGAGAAGGCCAGCGCCCUCCAGUACCCGUUGCUGCCGCUGGCAAUGGCCGUGCAGAUGUACCCUGCGCCCAGGGCCAUCAUGGCCCACAGCCUCUUCUCGGACAUCUUCGAGCCUGCCAGCAGCAUGGUAGCCGGCUGUGGCCAAGCGGUCGACCUCACCAGACCGCCCUUGUAUGGCAUCCUGGAUGCGGCGCGCAGGCACUACAUCUUCGUCGUCAUGCAGCAGUACCUGGACGACCUGGCCCUGCAGGUAGAGGGUGCGCGGCGGCAGGUCAUUGCCCAGGUCAAGUACGUGGCAGCGCUGGUGCACGAUGGAUUCAAGCAGCUCUCGAUACCCAUCUCCGUCAAGACGGCAGUGGUGGCCUCGGACAAGGACCUCCAGGCGGAAGUCGCCGGCAUCCUGGACAGCCUGGGCACUCCCAACAAGCAACCAGGUGUAGUGCGCGACCUCGGCGUGGACACCAGCCUCGGCAAGCAGCUGCGGCGACCCGCCCAUGCCGCGCGCCAGGCCAAGGCCAAGCAGAGGGUGGCCAAGCUCAAGGACCUAGCCAAGACGGACGCCAGAGGCGCGGCAAAGGUUUAUUCAGCAGGGGCCUAUUGCCAGCAGGCCUGGGACUUACCAGCGCACGGCAUCACGCCCACGGAGGCGAAGUCGGUCAGGGCCACGGAGGCAGCGCUCCUCACAGGCGGACACAAGGCUGGACGCUGCACGUCCACCAUCCUCCUGAUCCAGAGGGGAAUGCAAGAGGCGGUAACCCGAGCCAUCGGCGACCAGAUCAAGCAGUUCUGGCUCACCAUAGUCGACCACCCGACGGAGCUCAAGAGGUACCAGAGAGUCUGGCUCCUGCUCUACGCCAUGCUGGACGCCCUGGAACCCAACCGCAGGUGGCAGCAGGCAGCCAUGCUGGAGACCAUAGCGGUGGCGGGCAUCUGGACCAGGGAGCGUCGCAGGGCGGCCAACCUCAACCAAGAAGGCGACGACACCUGCGCGAGAUGCGGCGAGGCGAUAGAGACAGAGGAACACCGCUACUACGCCUGCCCUGCCAACGCAAAGAUAGGGCACAGCAGUGACACCGACCUGGCGAAGAAGGCGAAGGACGCGCUGGACCAGCGGCAGGACCUGCACUUCUGGCUCCGUGGCAUCCCGCCAGCGGCCUGGGCAGCCAAGGUCGACCCAGACGAGGACGCGGCGAAGGCGGCGCAUAUCUUCUGCACCAGCGAAGAGGCUCAGGCGGCAGCCCAGUCAGGGCACAAGGUUCGAGCAGACUAUGUCUUCACGGACGGCUCAGGUGGUGCAGGGGCAACGGCCAAUGACCCCCGCCUCAGACGCUGCGGCUGGGCAGUGGUGGCCUUCAGGUUCGACGAGCACGGACGCCCGCAGGAAGUGGCCGCCUGGUACGGCACGAUCAGGGCGCCGCACACGGUGCCACGGGCAGAGCUCACCGCUAUGAGCAAAGCCAUCGGGUACACCACGGCGGCGACAGUCAGGGGGCUCAACAUAGUCAGCGAUUGUAAGUGCGCCCUGGACGCACUCAAGCAGAUCCAGGAUCCCGAGGACCUGGGCUGCAGGAGCACGAACUACGACCUCUGGCUCCAGACGAAGCAGCAGCUGCAGAACAGCACGGACACCAUCAUGGGCCACCACAUCCCAAGCCACCUGAUCGAGCACCCAGCCGAGCUGGAGAGGUGGAAUGGUCCCACCUGGUGGGUCAUAGGAAACGAGAUGGCAGACAAGUGCGCAGGCUGGGGAGCGGAGCAUGGAGCACUGGAUCCAGCCAUCAUCGAGCAGCAGCAGAUCAGGGACCAGCUCACCACGGCGGUGCAAAACCGGCUGCUGGCCAUCAACAUGGCGGUGACGGUGGAGGACCCCAACAAGGCUCGACUUCAAGGCGUGCAGAUCGGCACGCAGGUGGUGCACUUCUCCCACGAGACGCAGAUCUCCCAUGGCUGGCUCUGGUGCGGGAAAUGUGGCGGCACCAGCUACCUCGGGGACCACAAGAGCAGGAUCGUGGCAGGAGUGGCAAGGAAGCUGGCCAGGCCAUGUCAGCCCCCAACAGCAGCAGGGCGUCGGGUCUUGGCGGACAUGCAGAGGGGCAAGCUGCCAAGAGGAGCUAAGCCAGCAGCAGGCCCAGCUGAUGAGGGUCUCAACGAGAUCACCAUGCCUGGUGAUUUCAAGCUCGGCCUGAGUAACUACGAGGCGAUCGACCUGGACGGGGACAGCUCAGAGGCAGGGGGCCCGCAGCCAGCUCCACAGCAGCCACCCAGCCAUCCGCACUCUGUCGUCCAAGCCAGCUGGAGGCUCGUGGACCACGUGGAGGGCUACGCGGAGCAGUGGAUGAACAUGGUCGACCAAGUGGUCUGGGACGACAUGGACGACUGGAUGGAGCACUGCGUGCCGUGCCUCCUGGCCAUCACCAAUGUGGGUGGCAGAACGGACACGCAAGAGCAGACCAGGGCCGUCACCGCGCAGGAGCUACAGCAGAUCAAGGACUUCUGCGAAGACGUCUGGCGCAACACGCACCGCACGCGACGGAGGCUCAUGACCAGGCCGCUGCCGAGAACAGCGGAGGCCAGCCGAGAGUGGUCACCUGAGAACUUGAACGAUGAUGACUCGAUCCCAGACAGUGAAGCCCCAGAGCUGGAGGGCGAGCCGAGCGACCAGGAGAUGGAGACCAUGGCAGGACCCGAUCAGAGUCACGACGCCAACAGCCUGAUGCAGACGGCCGUGCAGGUGGCAGUUACGCUGACCAAGCCAGUGGGGCCCGACCUGAUGAAGUUCGUGAGCGAAGCCGAUGAGGCCGGCCUGCUCCACCCAAGGCUUCGACAGAACAAAGGAGAUGCUGACCAGGACCCCGAGCAGGAGGUGGCGUGGCUCGAGAGGAACAGGCUUGAGCAGCUCAUGCAGUCGCUGGCAGGCUGCUGGAUCCAGAAAGAGGGCGAGCAGGGCUGGCCAUCGUGGCAGGCCGCGUGCGUGCCCCAUGUGCUGAUGGCGCUGCAGACUGGCGUCUACCAGAGGCUGUUCAGCAACGUGCCAGGGCCGAGCCGCCAGCGCAGCCAGCGCCGAGCGGCGGAGGAGAUCUGCCGCCCGGCAUGGCUAAACAGCGGAGAGGCGCGCAGGCAGAUCCAGCAGCAGGACCCGCAGGAGGCAGAGCGGCGCAGAGCGAUGGCUGAGCAGUUCCUGGGCGUGACUGAGCCAGCG